AUAUACAGCAAAUACUUCUCAAACCCUAGCCAUAGCAUUCGAGCUCCCAAGGAUUAGGGUUUGUGCUCUCUACAUCUUCGGCCAUGGCGGAUAUCGAAACCGAUGUUGCUCCAGGGGUUCCGAAGAAGAGAACAUUCAAGAAGUUCAGCUUCAGAGGAGUUGAUUUGGAUGCUCUUUUGGAUAUGUCCACUGAUGAGCUUGUCAAGCUCUUGCCCGCUCGUCCUCGCAGAAGGUUUCAACGUGGUUUGAAGCGCAAGCCGAUGGCAUUGAUCAAGAAACUGCGCAAAGCAAAACGGGAGGCACCACCUGGUGAGAAACCAGAGCCAGUUAGAACUCACCUCCGCAACAUGAUCAUAGUACCCGAAAUGAUUGGCAGCAUUGUUGGGGUUUACAACGGGAAGACCUUCAAUCAAGUUGAAAUUAAGCCUGAAAUGAUCGGUCAUUAUCUGGCUGAAUUCUCAAUCUCUUAUAAACCUGUCAAGCAUGGAAGGCCUGGUAUUGGUGCCACCCACUCUUCCAGGUUCAUUCCUCUCAAGUAAAAGUUUUUGCUUAUGCCCAUUUCUAUUGUAUUGAGAAAGUAACUCUCAUUAUCUAGACUGGAUUUUGUUUGGUUUCUAUCUGUUCUAGUUCUUUAUUUUCUUGCACAAUGUUAGCUCUAGUAAGAACCAAAAACUUAACUGAACUAGUGCGUUGUUGACGCUGCUUUUUGGCUAUUGAUAAGAAACUUGUUUGUUUGGUAUAAAA